AACAAACACAUUGUUGCUAGGAUACAGAUUGUAUCCUAGAUGGUAGCAUAAUUAACACCUCCUUAAUGCAGUGUUAUUUUAUAGCUCAAUAACUUCCUUCGAGGAAAAAUAGCCAGGCUAUACAAUGGCUAGCAUAAGACGAGUCAAGGUAAAUUGUUAUCUUUCCUUAAAAUACGUUUAGCAUUAAUUUCAUUGACUGAAGACAACAACAACACAAAGCACGACCAGGGACGGGAGGCCAUGGAUGGGCCGCAGGAAGUGGAUGGCGCCGAGCAGGAAGUGGGCCUGGAGAGGGCGAUGAGCGCGACCACGUGUGACGUCUUCAACGAGCUGCGUCUGGGGGGGCAGCUGUGCGACGCGGUCAUAGAGGCGGAGGGGCGGCGGUUCAACGCUCACAAGAACAUCCUGUGUGGCUGCAGUCCCUAUUUCAGGGCCCUGUUCACCAGUGCGGGCGCCCCCCCCCGGCCGGCGGGGGUGUACCCCAUCCCGGGCGUGGCGGCCGACACCAUGCAGCUGCUCCUGGAGUACGCCUACACCCGGCGGCUGGCCGUCAGCGCGGACACGGUGGAGGCCCUGCUGGUGGCGGCCGACUACCUGUCGGUGCCGGGCGCCGUGCGGGCCUGCUGCCGCUACCUGGGCGCCCGGCUCAGCGUGGCCAACGUGGUGGGCGUCUGGCGGCUGACCGCCCACUACCCGCUGCCCAGGCUGCGGCGCCUGGCCUACGGGUUCCUGCUGCGCUGCUUCGAGGAGGUGGCCCGCGCCUCGGAGGAGUUCCCCGAGCUGGCCCCGGGGGAGCUGGAGCGCCUCCUGGGGGAGGACGGCCUCAACGCCGCCCGCGAGGAGGCCGUGUUCGAGGCGCUGCUGCGCUGGGUGUCCCACGACGAGGAGGGCCGACGGGGCCACCUCGCACAGCUGCUGCUCAAGGUCCGCAUGGGUCUGAUGGACCCCGAGUACUUCCUGAGCCGCGUGGAGAGCCACCCCCUGGUGCGGCGCGACGCGCGCUGCAGCCCCGCCGUCACCGCCGUGCUGCGGCUCAUCGGCGCCUGCGACGCGAGUGCCUGCCUGGACGUCCUCAACCCCCUGACGCGCCCCCGCCUGCCGCCCGCCGUGCUGCUGGCCGUGGGCGGCUGGAGCGGCGGCGCCCCCACCGGCAGCGUGGAGUCGUACGACGCGCGCGCCGACCGCUGGGUGGGCGUGCCCGUCGAGGGGGAGGAGCCCAGGGCGUACCACGGCGUGGUCGUGCUCGGCGACGCCCUCUACUGCGUCGGCGGCUUCGACGGCGUCCAGUACUUCAACAGCGUGCGGCGCUUCGACCUGGCGGCCUGCCGCUGGCGCCCGGCGGCGCCCAUGCACGCGCGGCGCUGCUACGUGAGCGUGGCGGCGCUGGACGGCUGCGUCUACGCCAUGGGCGGCUACGACGGCCACGAGCGGCUCAGCAGCCUGGAGCGCUACCGCCCCCACGGGAACCAGUGGACGCCGCUGGCCGCCAUGAGCGAGGCCCGCAGCGACGCCAGCGCCACCACGCUCCACGGCAAGGUGUACAUCUGCGGGGGGUUCAACGGCUCCGUGUGUCUGGAGAGCGCCGAGUGCUACGACCCGCGGGCCGACCAGUGGACCCUCCUCCCCCCCAUGGGCGGGCCCCGCAGCGGGGUGGGGGUCGCAGCCUACAGGGACCAGGUCUACGCGCUGGGGGGCUUCGACGGCGUGGACCGCCUGCUCAGCGUGGAGGCGUUCAGCCCGGGCGCCGCCGUGUGGUGCGCGGCGCCCGCCAUGCUCGGCCCGCGCAGUAACUUCGGCGUGGAGGUGCUGGAGGGCCGGCUGUACGUGGCGGGCGGCUUCAACGGCCACAGCACCUCCUUCAGCGCAGAGCGCUACGACGGCGCCACGGGGGCGUGGAGCGCCGUGCGCGACAUGGCCGUGCACCGCAGCGCGCUGAGCUGCUGCGUGGUCACCGGCCUGGCCGACCUGGCCCAAUACGCCUUCCCGCGCCCCCCGCAGGCCCCGCCCGCACUCCCCGACACCCGGGAAGACUUUGAUUAAACAUCAGUUCAUUGAGGACUGUUCUUGACUUAUUUAUUUUUUUACAUUUAUAAAUUAGGCUAGUUAUAUUUAUACAUGUAUUACUUCUACCACUAACACAAAUACUCUUUGACUUAAAUAUGUAUUAUUUUUAUUCUUCAUCUUCGUGUUGGGCUUUUGACUUCAUUACAACAUUACGUUUACUUGUUUUUUUAUAUUGAGCAAUUGAUAAUGUUUUAUUUGAUGUGUACUGCUAUUACUAAUUAAUUUCGCGGAUGAACGAAGAUGGCUUACCAAUCUGAUAUAGAGUAUGCCUUGUCAUGUCAAGUAAACAGGAGAAGGGAUGCAAAGUAUUAACUCCUCUGCACACGUUUCCUUCCUAUAUAUGUUCUUAUGUUUAAAUAUGUAAAUAUUACAUAGGACUGUAACAUCUCAAAUGUUUUGUGCCUUUGUUUCACGUUACUACGUGUGUUUACGUCUUUAGGUGUGUUCUGAAUUCCAAUCCAGUUGAUACAGGCUACUACUAAUGAGUUACCGAUGAUACUAUGGACAAUUAUAAAUCGACGCAACGAAUUGACCGAUAAUAUAAAUGUGGGCUCGUCCGGGAUUUGAACCCGGGACCUCUCGCACCCUAAGCGAGAAUCAUACCCCUAGACCAACGAACCAUAUGCGUUAUAAAGUUUUGCGGAGAAACAUAUUCGGCCUUAUGCUUGCAAAACUUAAAUUUGGACAAAUUAUUAUAGUGAUGAAUAAUCCGCUAUAAAUUCAUUAAUAAAUUGGUUAAUAUUAGUCUCUAUUCAACGAUAUAAUAAUUAGAAGAAAAGCAGAGACGUUUAUUUUUGCAGUUUUACCAAGUUUUUUGCAGUUUUACCAGUUUUAACAAACUGCAGUCAAAACACUUUGUAUCAGUAAUGUUAUAUAAUUGUUCUCCAUUUGCCGGAUUAUUUCAAGGACGAUAGACACCACUAGAGGGCGGUAUGAUGAAAUCGUUUACCUAUACAACCUAUUGUUUAUGAACACCUUAAACUAAGUAAACCAACCGUGUGCCAAGAA